GCCGUAACCAUUCAUCUUUUCAAUUAUUUUUGGACCAAUAUUUUUUUAAAUAAAGAUGGAAUGACUGAAGAUUGCUCUUUAUUUCGGUCAGUGUGUUUUAUUCAUUCCAACACUGCUAAGGUCAAUAAUCUUCACUCAAUGGGACAUUGUAUUGCAAAGUAAAAGCUAUGUCAGAGUGAAUUCUCAGGAACUGUGAGCUCAUGCUGGCAAGAUCUCAACAUGCCAUCAAUCAUCAUGCAUUUAGUGGGAGGAGCUUCUCAUCACAUUCACACUAUAAAUUUCAUAUCAACCUUACACAGAGGAGCUACUUUGGUUCAUUCGUCUGACGGUAUCAGAACAUAUCAACUACUGUCGGCUUUAGACAUUAAACUAUUCAACAAUGGAAUCCACCAGACCUUUAUAUAUUUGCCUUUCUGAAGACCAUCAGGAAUUUCCAAAAUUUGGAGACUGGGAUCAUGGGAUUUUCGUUACGAAUCUGAAUCCACAUUUGACCGACAGCGAGCUCCGCUGCCACUUUGAGAAAUUUGGCACAGUUACAGAAUGUGUUAUAAGGACAGACAGCUCUUCAGGAUGGCCAAAGGGUUUGGGCUUUGUGAGAUAUUCGUCUUCUGGAGAAGCGGCAGCAGCACAUGACGCCGGACCUCAUUGUGUCGGAGGAUUUCAGAUACUCCUCAGAAAGGUCAUCACACCUAAAAAGGUGUAUGGCAGCCAGUUGAACGCUCUUCAGGGCCAGUCCUUUCGUGCAGAUGUGUGUGUGAACUAGAAGUGGAAAGCCUGAAGAGAUUUGCACUCAUCUUACAUCACCCUGUUCAAUGAAAUCUGAACUAAAUGUGACCUUUCUGUGUGAUGCUCCGUCCUUCCAUUAUCACAUUAUCAAUCUUGUUUUAAAGUCUGUGAAACGCCUGUAUUAUAAGAAUAACUUUUUAUAUAUAUAUACUUUUUAUACUGUGUCUGAAAUGUUUAUUACAUUUAUCUUAACUAACACUUUUUUAUUGAGUUUGUAAUUGUGCUUCGGUGAAAGAAAUCCUUUAUUUUUAAGGAUGUUUCCCCUGAAACUGUGAACAUUGACUUAACUCAAUCUUUAAAUAAAGAUCCUCUCUUUCUGUUA